AUGUUUAGAAAGACUAGCGACGUUCGCGGGAAGCAGCGUUUGUCAGGAGGGGACAGAAAGAAGCUUCGGCGAAACAUCCGAGACAAGUUUCCAGGCACCACUGACGAGCAGCUGGAGGCGAUGAUCCUGCCGGCCAAGUUCUCCCCCCUUCCUCCACUCUUAUCCAUCUUGAGACGUCUUGUACCCAACCCUGACACACCCACACCCUGCGACCUCACACCCUGCGACCUCACACCCUGCGACCUCACACCCUGCGACCUCACACCCUGCGACCUCACACCCUGCGACCUCACACCCUGCGAUCUCACACCCUGCGACCUCACACCCUGCGACCUCACACCCUGCGACCUCACACCCUGCGACCUCACACCCUACGACCUCACACCCUGCGACCUCACACCCUGCGACCUCACACCCUGCGACCUCACACCCUGCGACCUCACACCCUGCGACCUCACACCCUGCGACCUCACACCCUGCGACCUCACACCAUGCGACCUCACACCCUGCGACCUCACACCCUGCGACCUCACACCCUACGACCUCACACGCCAUCGGUUCCCAGUGUUUGCGCAGCGGAGCGGGCCCGACCUGGUGCCAUCCCUCCUGCUCAAGUCAAGGGUGCCUGUCGAAGGAUUGCCAGCGUUCCAAAAAGGGGAGGUGUGGUCGGUGAAGGUUCCAGGAAACUCCUGCCCCAUUGCUAUACGUUUACCUUGCAGCACGACUAGGCUGCAGCGUCACAAGCUAAGUGCUCUCAACCUAGCAAUCCUACCAUCACAGACGAU